AUGAAAAGGCAGAAUCUAACCUCUGUGGUUGAAUUCAUCCUCCUGGGCUUUUCUAACUUCCCUGAACUGCAAGAGCAACUUUUUAGGAUUUUCUUGCUUGUUUACUUGGCCAUUGUGAUGGGAAAUUCCAUUAUUAUAAUUGUUAUUUCCCUAGAACAGAGCCUUCAUGUCCCUAUGUACCUAUUUCUCUUGAACUUGUCUGUAGUGGAAGUGACUUUUUGUGCAGUUAUUAUGCCUGAAAUGCUGGUGGUUCUCAACAAUGAAAAAACUGUGAUUACUUUCACAGGCUGUUUUGCUCAGAUGUACUUCAUUGUUCUUCUUGGUGGGACUGAAUAUUUCCUCCUGGGGGCAAUGGCUUAUGAUCGAUAUGCUGCAAUUUGUCGUCCUCUGAACUACCCAAUGAGUAUGAACAAAAGUGUUUUCAUAAAAUUAAUAAUAUUCUCAUGGGUCUCAGGGACCAUGGCGACUACUUUGCAAACAACAUGGGUGUUUAGUUUCCCCUUUUGUGGCCCUAAUGAGAUCAAUCACCUCUUCUAUGAAACACCUCCAGUGCUAGAACUUGUAUGUGCAGACAAAUAUAUGUUUGAAAUCUAUGCAUUUACUGGCACUAUUUUGUUUAUUAUGGUUCCUUUCUUCUUAAUUCUUAUGUCUUACACCAGAAUUCUCUUUGCCAUCCUGAAGAUGCAAUCAAACACUGGGAGGCAAAAGGCCUUUUCUACAUCUCAUCUCACAUCAGUUACCCUCCUGUAUGGCACAGCCAGUAUGACUUAUUUACAGCCCAAAUCUGGUUAUUCCCCAGAAACCAAGAAAGUUAUGUCAUUGGCUUACUCACUUCUUACGCCUCUAUUAAAUCCAUUGAUAUACAGCUUGCGAAAUAAUGAACUGAAAAGAGCUUUCAUAAAAUUAUGGAGAACAAAAGUGUAUCUACAUUAA